UUUCAGUGGCGUCGUCGGAGGCAUUUCGACGUGGAACCUAGAUAACUUCCGGUUGUCAUUCAACGGCACACGACAUUUGGCCUCUUUUAAGUUCUUCUUUCAUAGGAGCUGAAUUUCGUGACCAGACAUCAUGACGCUGUUUCACUUUGGAAACUGCUUUGCUCUGGCGUAUUUCCCUUACUUUAUAACAUACAAAUGCAGUGGGCUUUCAGAGUACAAUGCUUUCUGGAGAUGUGUCCAGGCUGGAGCAACCUACUUAUUUGUCCAGCUCUGUAAGAUGCUGUUCCUUGCUACAUUUUUUCCCACAUGGGAAGGAGGAGCUGGAGUUUAUGACUUUGUAGGGGAAUUUAUGAAGGCAACAGUGGACCUGGCAGACCUGCUGGGCCUCCAUCUUGUAAUGUCUCGUAAUGCUGGGAAAGGAGAGUACAAGAUCAUGGUGGCCGCCAUGGGCUGGGCAACAGCAGAACUUGUGAUGUCCAGGUGCCUUCCUUUGUGGGUCGGAGCCAGAGGGAUCGAGUUUGACUGGAAAUACAUCCAGAUGAGCUUUGACUCUAACAUCAGUUUGGUCCAUUAUAUCGCCAUGGCAGCAGUGGUGUGGAUGUUUACACGAUAUGACCUUCCCAAGAGCUUCAGGCUACCUGUUACUGUGCUACUGGCUCUCUGCGUCUACAAGGGCUUCUUAAUGGAGUUGUUCGUCCAUGUCUUCCUGUUGGGCAGUUGGACAGUGUUGCUGGUGAAAGCUGUGCUGACUGGUGCCAUCUCUCUCUGCUCACUGUUUCUCUUUGUCACUCUGGUCCACAGCAACUAAGUAAAACCCUACACUGUGGGCUAAGCCUUCGACAGUCUGUUAAGUCCAGAUUGGACUGAGGUUAUCAUACAUCAGAAGUUGACCUCGGAAACUACUGUAUAUCAGUCCUUGUAUCACCAUGCAACACCAAAGGCCACUGAAAAUACUUGUUGAUAUUGGAUAUUUGGACUGGUCUGGUGUGUAAAACAGGCUAACGUACAAGCCACCAACUGGUAUGCUAACCAGUUCUUCCAGUUUUUUUAUGUUCUGUAUGGACUCAUGAUGGAAAACAUGCUCUCAGGGUAAAGCUUUGCCUCAGUCCAUUGGUGAAAACUGCAGAGUGAGUGGUGACAUCAUGAGGCUUCUGUAAUACGAUUGGCUUACCUUAACUGUGUUGUGUUUGUGAAAAGGUUAAUUUUGUAUUAAAACAACCACAAAUGAAUUUAAGUCUUUAUAACUAAUGUAUUCCUUUUCUAUAUGUUGUCUAAUGAGCCAGCAUACGUGCUACAUGCUUAGAUUAAAUAGUGAAAUGUACUGAGUGGAUUAAUGAGAAGUGGAUGGUUUUUGAUAGUUCAUUGUGUGGCCACAAAUUUAUCAAUUUAUUUAUAUGCAGGCAAGUACUUAAAAAGUUAGGUUUUUUUUCUAGUUUUGGGUGAAAUUGUAUUAAAGAUUUAAAGUUGAACUCAGAAGACUGAAUGAGGCUUGCAGUAUGAAUAAACUUGAGGGCUAGUCUGACCACGUUAUGUUGACUUGUAAGCAUCUAUGAUUUUGGCGUUAAUAAAUGUGUCUUUCUUUUGUCUUAUCUGACAGUCUUGAUUGAUAAGAUUGUGUAGUGCUUUGUGGGUGUUGUGAAUAAUCUGUCCCAUUUAAUAAAAGAACUAAAUUAUCA